AUGGAGGUGCAAGCAAGCAAGCGGCCGCGCAAAAGACUCGCCAUUCGAGGCCGCGCUGCGCCGCGCCGCGCCGUGGAGGGUCACGUGCGGUGGGACCAUGCGCCAUUCUUGUUGCCACCAUGUCUGGACGCGGAAAAGUGUGUACUUUUGCUAUGCAGCUUACAGCAGGGUGGUAAAGGUCUUGGAAAAGGCGGCGCAAAGCGCCAUCGCAAGAUUUUGCGCGACAAUAUCCAGGGAAUCACCAAGCCCGCCAUUCGUCGUCUCGCUCGCCGAGGUGGUGUGAAGCGUAUUUCCGGUCUUAUCUACGAUGAGACGCGUGGCGUGCUUAAACUGUUCCUGGAGAAUGUGAUCCGUGACUCGGUCACGUACACCGAACAUGCAAAACGCAAGACGGUGACGUCGCUGGAUGUCAUUUACGCGCUCAAGCGCCAGGGCCGUACACUUUAUGGUUUCGGUGCAUAA